AUGGCAUUCUCCACAUCAUCAUCGUCGACUUCAUCCACAUCAUCCCCUAUGUGUUCUCCUCCAUUAGCACGUGCCAAUAGUAACAAGGACAUUAACUUUUUUGAAUCUCUACAAAUAGAGACAAGGUCGGCAAUGGCCUCCAACAAGAGGCGACAACAAUAUCCAUCUUUUGUGGUACUUCAACGCGAUCCCAUCGACACGAGGAGCAUGAAGAAGUUCAAAGCUCUUCUAUGUGGCGAUGGAUGGAAGACCACCAAUCAUCAAUCUCGUGUACCAUCCCUACAUUGGGAGUUCCUAGAUGAUGCGCCACCCAAAGAUCCAAGAGGUGACAAGAAUUACAUCAACACCUGUUAUAUCUUUGAU